AUGAGUGCCAUUCACAUUAAGAAAGCACGCCAACAUCCUCAUCUGAAAGUCCUGUUUGCUGUUGGAGGCUGGGAGAACUCCCAGUACUUUUCGUUGCUCACAGCCGAUCAUCCUCGAAGAACAAUUGUGAUUAACAAUAUCAUAGACAUCAUUUCGAAAUACGGAUUCGAUGGGGUCGACUUGGACUGGGAGUAUCCUGUGACAGGAGGAGCUGUUGAGGGCACUCCGGGUGGUGAUGUGCAGUGGCGUGAUUUACACAGCCGCUUCAACAUAUCAAUGGCAAAAUUCCACCAAGGAUCGAAAAGUCCAUAUAUCUGGAUGCCGGGAAACAAGACUUUUGUUGGAUUCGAGAAUCCUGAAAGCCUCCUCCAUAAGAUUGAUUAUAUCACAGAAAAUGAUCUCGGAGGUGUGAUGAUAUGGGCAAUCGAUUUCGACGAUGAUCAGCAAACAAUGCUAAAAGUAGUGAAAGAGGGUGAUCUGUGCCAACGGAAGGCGAAAGAUAAAGGAAUGUCAUACAAAUGUUCUCCAAUAGACGAACAGCGAUGGUGGACUUAUGAUGAUGGCGAGGAUCUCGCCGGUAUGUGCGGAAAGUCGGCACCACUCUACGACGGCUACUAUCCUGUAUGCGAUCCCGACGAUCCUGGUCAUGCAUGUUGUGGAAAAUAUGGUUAUUGCGGAUCUGGACCAGAAUUCUGCAGUUGUCCAGAAUGUGUGGACUAUGCGGCCGAUCCGAUGCUAAUCCUGAAGGAACCUAUCAAGCCAUCUCAAUCAAAAAUCACAUGGUAUACAUCCGACGCUCCGGAUGGGAAGCGCGGAAGAUGUGGUCCACAAAUACCACCAAUUGACGGCACACCAGCAACCUGCAAUCCAGAUGAUGAAAAAGCACACUGUUGCAGCAACGGUGGCUACUGUGGAAAUACUAAGGAGCAUUGUGAAUGUCAUGGCUGCGUGGACUUCUCGAAGACAAGAGACUUCAAGUACAAGCCAGUUGAAUGGUGGACCUAUGCAGAAAACCCGGCAAAUGUUGGCCGAUGUGGUCCUGAUGCAGAACGUCUCCCAUCUGGGAAAAUCGCAAAAUGUGAUCCCACGGGAGAAGCGUACUGUUGCAGCCGAUCUGGUUACUGUGGACGAGGCAGCGACUACUGCGAGUGCCUUGGCUGUGUGGAUUUCAAGAAACAUCCCGAUCAUGAAUAUUGA